AUGAAUUGGCGUCGGAAGACUCCAGCAGAAGGACGUAAGGAUAGUAGCGAUAUUGAACAUAAGAAGAAGAAACCGCGUCGUGGAGGUCGUCGUAAUCAUAUGAAUAAAAAGACCGAUACGGAUCAAUUGAAGGAAGUUAUUGCUGUCACUCUGUCAUCAAGUCAAGUGACUGACGCAGAUGUUCCUGUUGAGCCUAGUAAACCUACAAACUUGGACUAUCUCUCGGACGUUCUGUUUGCAUCUCUGGACAUUUCGGCCAAGACAAAGCGUGCGAUUGUCGAAGAUCUCAAGUACGAGCGUCUAACAAACGUCCAGAACGCGACAUUUCCGCUCAUUUUGGAAGGAAAUGACGUACUGGCAAAGGCCAAGACGGGUAAUGGGAAGACCAUUGCUUUCUUGCUGCCAGUGAUUGAAAAUAUGGUGAAAAAUGGACGUCAACCAGGCAUUAUUCCAACUCUUGCCGUAUCACCAACGCGUGAAUUGGCCUUGCAGAUUGCAACGGAAGCUAAACGUCUGACAAAGUUUCAUGACCUUCAUGUGGCCUGCUUUGUGGGAGGUGCAAACAUUAAGGAGGAUGAACGUACGCUUACAAGCAGCACGCCGAUUGAUGUCCUUGUUGCUACUCCUGGUCGUCUAGUCGAUCACUUGAAGCAAAAUAGGGGCAAAAUUACUGAUCGACUGGGCAAGGCAAGUGUGUUGAUUCUGGACGAAGCCGAUCGACUGCUGGACAUAAGUUUCCGUCCAGAUAUCAUGCGCAUCAUUGGAUACUUGCCAAAGGAGCGUCAGACGCUUCUAUUCAGCGCUACGUUGCCAGCUUCUACGGAGGAGUUGAAGCGGGUUGCUCUACGUGAAGACUAUUCGUUUGUGGACACUAUUGAUGCGAGUGAAGCCGACACAAAUGUGCAGACUGAGCAGGAGUACAUUGUGUGUAAGAUGGAGGAUGUGAUUUCGACGGUGGAGUGUAUUUUGACUGAGCACAUGAAGCUGCCAGCAUACAAGGUAAUGCUGUUUUUCCCCACAGCUCGCUCCGCGCAGUUCAUGGCGCAACUCUUCCAGGCUGCAAGUUUUCCUGGUGUCCUAGAGAUUCACUCGCGUAAGAGUCAAGCCAUGCGCACAAAGACAGCUGAAGCUUUCCGUAAGGGUCAUAAGGUGAUGAUGUUUUCGUCCGACGUGUCAGCACGUGGUGUGGAUUACCCGGGCGUGUCGUUAGUGCUCCAGGUGGGGCUCACUGAUCGCGACCAGUACAUUCACCGCCUCGGGCGUACAGCACGUGCUGGCAUGAAGGGCAAAGGUGUUCUUGUUUUGUCCGAGUUUGAGACGGCUUUGCUGGACAAGUUGUCGGACCUGCCUCUCACGCAGAGCAAAAACUAUGAGAUGCUGGCGCCAUUGCAGUUGCGCACAUUGAAAGUGACGAAAAAUUUGAAGAAGUACGGUGACGUGGAAAAGUCGGCGCAACAGUCAUACCAGGCGUGGCUUGGUUUUUACAAUUCGCACUCAAAGCGAUUGAAAUUGAAGCCGACUGAACUUGUGAAACUUGCGGCUGAUUACAGCCGUAUUAUCGGCUUGGACGAGGUGCCGAAGCUUGAGAAGAGAACUUUGAAGAAGAUGAACCUCUUUGGCGUGCCUGGCAUUGAACCGUCACCGUAUACUCGCGACAGUAGCGGCAAUAUUAGUGGUGGCCGCGGUGGGGGUGAUAGCCGCAAUGGCGGUAAUCGUGGUGGUUAUGGUCGUCGAUAA